AUGAACGCGAAGCGACCAUCUGACGACAGAGAAAAAGGCAGUACGACUGGCAGUAUCCGGCCUUUGCGAGAACGGCCCAAGUCUGAACUUGGCAUCGCUGACUUCAAAAUUAACCCGAACUCUAAUGAAGGCUAUGACUAUGCAUUCACCGACGUUGUUCGAAAUAAGAAUGAACGAGCUAACUUAGAAGGAUGCGUCCAAGAGGGAUGCUGCGGCCAGACGUUUCGGCUACAAGCACGGGCCAAACGUGAUCAGACGGGGCCGGUGGACUUUCAGACCUUGUUAGAAAAACACAUGGGUGAUGAAGCUUGGAAAUUGUCGACCAUGACUAAAGCCGAGAAGGAAGAACUAUGGCUUGAGGCUAAGAUGCGAGAGCUUGCUAAUGAGCAUGGCAAACAUCGCCACAGAUUCCAUCGUGCUGCAUCUCCAGUAGGUUUCUGGCGGGCGGAUUUCCCGAGCACUCAGGAGGAACAACAUGAUAGAGAAGAAGCGGCGAAGGCGACACGUCGAAUAAUUGAUGAAAGAUAUCGCGAGGCUAUGCGACCUGGUGGAAGAUGGGAGGUAUUCCCGGAGGAGCAGUUGUGGCGCGAGGUCAAGUUGAUAUGGGACCUGGUUCAGGACCUGGUGGUCGACGGCGGCCGCCGCAGCAUCAGUAUUCGACCCAUCAUCAAUAUCACCACCAACAACAUGUCAAUCCCAUAUACCACCAUAACGGCAAUAUCCUCCUAUCGUGUCCUCGAGCAUGCAACCUAUUCCUCAGCCUCCUUACUCUCGACCACCUCCACCACAACAACCCUCGCCGGCUCUUUCAACUCCUCCUCCUUAUGCUGUAGCGGGCCGCCUCCACCUGUCUCCGUACCCGAGACGCCCUCUUCAACACAUUCGUCCCAAGUUCUUCCGGUCCCAUUGACCCCCCCUACGCCGCAAAACCAGGAAACUGCCCCGGCCACCCCGGAUGUCGAGUUGCGGUCGACCUUGUCACCAUUCAGAGCACCACUGCCCUGGUUAUCGCGACCUGAUAUACCCUUUCCUACCAAGUCAGCUCGAUCUAGAAGAAAGAGGCGGAUACAGAACCCUGAUGCAGAGAAUGUCGAAUUACCUUCGAUCCAAGCAAAGGGAAUUGAGUCGGGAGCUGUGUCACAUGAAGAGACUUUAGGAGGUGAUGCCUCACUACUUUCAACCCCUACACUUAAAUCUUCUACUGCUACUAUUCCGGCUAGUACGGACUCCGAGCUACCAACACAACCCGAAGCUGGGUUAACAAAAGAUGAGCUUUUAGAAACCUCACAGUCUACCUCGUCUGCCAUUCCUCAGCCGGUCCAAGUAGCUCAGCCUGCUGUUGCUACAUCUGCCAAGCACGCCAAGACAGCUUCUCUCGCUGCUAUACCAGCUGUUCCUAUCAUCCCCGUAAAACCUAAAGCAGGUCCCAAAGAGACAAAUUCAUCUAGUGCUGAGACUAAAUUAGUAGAGGAGAAACAACCUACACAGCAAGCCGUCGCAGAGGAAAAACCUGCUGAGGCUACAGAGACUUCUCCAGAAGCAAAAGUAGAGCCCGCUCCUGUUGCCGCAAAAGCUGGCCCAAAGCUCUGGACAGGGUUAUUUUCACGUACAGCAUCUGCCGCUUCUCCUUCAACUGGCGCUACCGGUGCUGCACCAGCUAGUACUAGCAUUACAACAAGUAUCGCCGAUAACACUGCUUCAGGUAAUGGGGGUGUAGGUGUGGUAGGUAGUUCACAAAGUCAAACACUAGUUCUUUGGCUGAAGCUUUGCGAUCAUACCGCGUGGGGUAGCAGUCAAAAGAUUUCGUUUCUGGAGCCUAGAGGUUUAAUCAAUCCCGGGAACAUGUGUUAUAUGAAUUCUGUUUUACAAGUUCUCAUUUUCUGCAUUCCAUUUUAUGACUUCCUGGACCAGGUCAGCAAGAAAGCGGCAUAUAGUUUUAAAAGCGAAACUCCCUUAAUUGAUGCCAUGAUUAUGUUCAUGCGCGAAUACAAAGUUAUUGAUUCUGCAGUGUCUGUUGAGCAACUUCGACGGAGGCUGAAGAAUGAGGAACUUGAACAGUAUGGCGAGCCUUUCACCCCCGAAUUUGUUUAUGAAGCUAUAAGGAAGCUUCCUAGAUUCGCCAGCAUGAGGCGUGGACAUCAGCAAGAUGCCGAAGAAUUCCUUGGUUUCCUUUUAGAGGCACUACACGACGAGUGCACACAAGUAAUGCGCAACCAACCAGACUCGUCUGCUACAACUACCGCUGCAAAUUCAUCGGCUGCCACUCCUUCCGCGACGUCUCCUACAAGUACACCAGAUACCAGUGAUUGGUUAGAAGUAGGGCCGCGUCAACGCUCUGCUGUUACGCGUUCUUCCGGCCAUCCAAUUACCUCGUCUCCCAUCACUAAGGUGUUUGGUGGUCAGCUAAGAUCGGAAUUAAGGGUACAAGGCCUAAAGGAUUCCGUAACUCUAGAACCCUUCCAACCUCUUCAGCUGGACAUUGGCUCCCCCCAGGUCAAUAACAUUGUUGAUGCACUGAAAGCACUCACCAGACCAGAAAUUCUACAUGGUGAUUUUGGGUCGCCAAGGGGAAAGGAUGCGACGGCCACCAAACAGGUUCUCAUCGAAUCCCUACCGCCCGUCCUCAUUCUUCACUUAAAACGUUUCCAGUUCGACACUGAAGGGACCGGAACCGUCAAGAUCUGGAAGAAGGUUGGAUACCCACUGGAGCUCGAACUUCCCAAAGAGCUCUUUCCACGACAGAAGAGAAAUGCUCUUACCGUUGAAGGUGCAGGCUUCCCUAAAUAUAAACUGAUCGCUGCUGUUUACCACCAUGGCAAGAAUGCUAGCGGUGGGCACUACACUGUUGAUCUCAGGCGCCAAGAUGGUGUAGAAUGGAUCCGUAUGGAUGACACAGUUAUCCGACGAGUAAGAAGCGAAGAUGUUGCUGAAGGAGGCUCUGAGGACGAAAGUUUUAAAACUACGGCGCGGGCUGACAAGAAGGACACCGCUGUGAGCGGUUCCGGUAACAGAUUCGAAGGAAUUGGUGACGAUGAAGCUGGUGAUGAUGAAGGGUGGAAUAAAGUCAGCGCUCCAGUAAAUGGAGCAAAGAAAUGGAGUUCCGUUGUCAAUGGGGCAUCGAACACCGUACAGGCGAAAGGAAAGCAGGCCAAGGACAACAUCAAGGACAACAAGGUUGCCUACCUGCUGUUCUACCAGAAAGUCUAA